GAGAGCGGUGUGGUUGGUGCUUAGUGAAGCAGAGUAGCUCACAUUUUCGGUGAACUGUUAGGAAGUCAUUAUUUCUGCUUUGAUAAAUUUAUUUAUUGUUUUUGCCAGUUGUUGCUGCUUCUUCUUCUUCAUUACGGUUCAUUAGUAUACAUAGAGAGAGGAAGAGGAAGAGAUCUAAUUUUUUCUGAUUGAUUUUAGUACCAAAUGGCUUCGAAGUUGUUAAUGAUAACUAUUUUCCUAUUGGAUCUGAUUGCUUUUGGUUUGGCUAUUGCUGCUGAGCGGAGAAGAAGCAAAGCAACAAUCAAACAAGAUGCUGAAAAUAACUAUAGCUAUUGUGUCUAUAACUCCGACAUAGCAACUGGCUUCGGUGUUGGUGCCUUUUUAUUUCUUAUGGUUAGUCAAAUAAUUAUAAUGGUGGCGAGCCGUUGCUUCUGUUGUGGAAAGGCUUUGAGGCCUGGAGGUUCAAGGGCUUGUGCUGUUCUCUUAUUCAUCAUAUGCUGGGUCGCAUUUUUUAUAGCUGAGGUGUGCUUGUUGGCCGGUUCAGUUAGGAAUGCUUAUCAUACCAAGUAUGGAUCAUCAUUCUUGAUGAGUGAUAAACCUCUAUCGUGUGAGACUCUGAGAAAGGGAGUUUUUGCAGCUGGAGCAGCUUUCAUUUUCUUCACCAGCAUAAUCUCCCAGUUCUACUAUGUGUCCUACGCCAAGGCACGGGGUGGCCCCAUGCCGUAUGGUGGCGAAGCCGGUGUUGGCAUGGCAGCCUACAAAUGAGGGUGAUCAAGGUUGUUGCUACUUUUUUAUUUGUUAAAAAAAAAGUUGUGAUUUUGAAGUUCAUGUAUAUUAUACAAGUUUCUAUUGCGUAGUUGCAUUUGAUUUAUUGUUGUAGGAGUCUUUUCGGACAAAUCUCAUUGUACCAUAUUCCUUCCUGCUGCGUAAUUUUUUUGUUCUAUGUCA